GGAGUCCGGAUGGUGACAAUAAUCUUGCAUUAAAAACCUGUCAAAUAUCAACAUAAUGAAGCUGUAACCUCGCGGACGAGCUUUGGUUUUUUUAAAAGGUUGAGAAACAAUGGAGAAUAUUCAAAGUCUUCCAAUCGACAUUCAGACCAGCAAACUUUUAGACUGGCUGCUGGACCGACGUCACUGUAACCUGAAAUGGCAAAAUGCAGUGAAAGAGAUCAGGGAGAAGAUCAAUGUUGCCAUCCAGGAUAUGCCAGAGAACGAGGAGAUCAAGCAGCUUCUCUCCGGCUCCUAUAUUCACUACUUCCACUGCUUGAGGAUAGUGGAGAUACUGAGGGGAACCGAGGCUUCCUCCAAGAACAUAUUCGGCAGGUAUUCAUCUCAGAGGAUGAAGGACUGGCAAGAGAUCGUGUCCCUUUAUGAGAUGGAUAAUGUGUAUUUGGCGGAGGCGGCCAGCUUGCUGAGUCGCAACGUGAGCUACGAAGGCCCAGCCCUGAGGAAGCAGCUGGCCAAAGCCCAGCAGCUGCAGCAGGAGCUGAGCCGGCGGGAGGUGGAGGGCCAGAGCUCCGCAGCGGACCUGAAGGAGCGCUACUACACCGCCUGCAAGCAGUAUGGCAUCACGGGAGAACAUGUGGCUCGUGAGCUUCAGGCUCUGGUCAAAGACUUGCCAGCGGUGCUUGAGGAAGUCGGCAAAGAUGCAGCGAAGUUGGAGGAGCAGAUACGACUUUACACUGCUUUCACAAACUUCGUGUGUGAUUGGUCUGAACCGGUGCUGCACAUGCUGAUAUUCGGCCAGAAGAGAGGAAACGCAACGUUUUACGAGUGGAGAACGGGGAAAGAACCCACAGUCAUCGAGAGGCCGGACCGGGAGGAAGCGCCUCCUGAUGCGAUCGCAGACGAUGCGAUCGACUGGGGCAACUUUGGCAGCGACGCCGACACUCAGGGCAUCAAUUCUGCCAUCACAGUCGAGGACGGAAUAGACUGGGGCAUCAGUCUGGAGCCGAGCUCAGAGGACGCUGCUGGUAUUGACUGGGGAGACAGUGAAGCAGCUCCCAUAGAAAUUGAAAUCGUGGACGUGGGCACAGACUGUCCUGAGGGUGUGGCGAGAGGUGAGGACGCGUUAUCUGUACUGGAGAACUCCCAGUCACGCAGCCAGUUCAUCGAUGAGCUAACGGAGCUGGAAACGUUCCUAACGCAGCGCCUCAGUGAGAUGGGAGAGGAGGGCGACGUGGUGGCCAUGAGCCAGUUCCAGAUGGCCCCCUCCGUUAUCCAAGGCCAAUCCCAUGAGCACGUCCGGGAGAUGCUGUCCGUGGUGCAGGACCUCCUGGUCCGCCUCACCUCCCUCCGGAUGCAGCACCUGUUUAUGAUCCAGGCCUCGCCGGGGUAUGUCGAACGCGUGUCGGAGGUGCUGAGGCAGAAGCUGAAGCAGGCAGACAUUCUGCUCCUGAAAGGUGCCACGAUGGUGGAGAAGAGACAGGAAGCCCUGGAGGAGCAGUCCAGACUGGAGCCUCGUGUCGACCUGCUGGCAGGAUGCACCCGGGAACUCCAGAAAAUGAUUGAAGCCGACAUUUCAAAGCGAUACAACAAAAGGCCUGUCAACCUAAUGGGGGUUAAUAUAUAGUGAAAAUCAUAGACGUCACAAUAAAAGUGGUAUUUAUGUGGAA